CCUCCUCUUUCUUGCAUUAAAAUGAUAAUUCUGCACAGUGCAAAAAAUAUUUUUGAGUGAUUAUGCAUUCCUCUUUUCCCUCACACAGUUCAUGGCUUAACUUCAGUAAUUGUGACAACCAGCAACCCCAAAAUGAAGGUUUAUAUAAAAUAAAAGUAAGUAAGCUUGUUUUGAUUAGCAGCAUUGGCUAUAGUAUGUAGAGGUGGCUCAGUGUUUCAAACACAUUAGGCCUUGUAUAGUCUAAGCGCUAAUGUCACAUUAUUUCUUAUGAUGAAAAUAGAUGCUGUUCUGUCCUGUAAGUUCCAGACGGAAAAAGAGACCAACCCAAGGAUUGAAUGGAAAAAGAAAGGCCAAAAUGUGUCUUAUGUUUAUUUUGAUGGUGAAUUUGCAGGCGAAUUUAAAGGCAGAGCAUCGAUUGAUGGAGCGACAGUGACCCUGCAUGGUGUUAAUCAGAAAGACUCAGGGAUCUAUCACUGUGAAGUUACUGCUCGUCAAGACCAGAUCCGCCUUGCGGAGGUCACAGUUUCCCUCAAUGUGCUUGUUCCUCUUCAUGCUCUGUCAUGCCACGUGCCUGAGAUUGCAGUACGUGGCUCUGAGGUUGAACUGCACUGUAAGGACAAGCUGACUGUCCCCCCUGUCACUUACAGCUGGUACAAGGACAACAGGCUCCUGAGCAAAGCCCAUGUGCCAGACAUUAACUACAGUGUAGACAACAAAACACACACCUUGAUUCUUAACAACAGCUUUAAAUCUGAUGCAGGACAAUACCGCUGUGAGGCCUUUAACAAUAUUGGGCCACCAAAGAGCUGCAUGGGUCAACAUAUGAACAUUACUGAGUUCGAACUGAACAUGACAUUAGUGAUAGCAAUUGGAGUGUGUGAUGCUCUCUUAUUGCUCUCUUCCUCUCUGGCUGUUUGUCUAUGCUGCCUUCAAGGCUACUGUUGCUGCUCCUUUAAGGAAAGGAAAAUAGGAAAAUAUAAAAGGAACCCUGUGAACUACAGCCCUCAAGCAGAUGUAAGUAGUGUCUGUGUUGUUUGUGUAUUCAAAACUUAACAUUUCCAAAACCAGCAGAUUAAUGUUUCGCUCAACUAUCUUCAAUCUUUGAUUUAAAAGACAUAUAAAAUGGCUUGAAAAUCAAUGGUUCCAUUUCUUGGACUGAAUUUAGUCCCAAUACUGUAGGAAUUAAAAAUAUUUAUUUUAGUUAUAGGCUUAAAAACAGUCCUAAUUGUAUUUCCCUUGAUGAAACAAUCAUAGAAAUUAUUUGGAAAUUGAGACCUCCAAAAUAUUUCCUGAACAAAGAUAUGUUUCAAAUAUUUAAAUGACCCUAGCUAUCCGAGAUGUCUUUGUGAUUUAGUCUAACUUCACUUAUGUUCUAAUUUCUGAUCAAGCUUGCUUUCUCUACUCAGCCUAAACACUACAAGCACACAGUAUCCUUUGUGAUUUAAAUGGUUCUCCAAGACGUACAUAGUGGAAGCUGGUGCAUGCUUAUAAAUGGAGUGGCAAUUUAUUAGGUUUACAGGUAAAGAAACUGAUGAACUACCAGCUGUCCUGAUUCAUGGAUCUUCAACCUUUCUUAAACUCACCAUACACUUUGUUGCUGUUUGAUCUUACUGGAACAAUCUAUGUGCACCAACUAUGACCUGAAACCGAGAUUCCCUAAUAUUCCUAAAUAUUGGAAUUUUCCCUUAUAAAUGUACACAGACAAUCUGUGAUCCACCAGUUAGUGGCUAGUUUUUAGCACUUCAGGCCAAGCAGGAGCAAUCACACAUAACCUUUUUAAACUCUUUCACUGUAAACAAGUCAUAAUCAUUAUGUGCUUCUCAGAGUUUAUUUAGUCCUUCUGUUAUGUUUCAUUUAAUGUGCAGGAUGUGAUAUUAUUCUUAGUGGUCUUUUUUUUUUUUACAGUCUGAGAAAAUCCUGUCAUUUUAUACUAUUGCAAUACUGUGUGUGAAAAAAAGGAAGUGAAUUGGUAAGAACGAUUUUUUUUAAAAAGGAUUUGUUCGUGGAUGACUUCAUUUCAAAUAAAAUAUGCAAUAAACACACCAAGAGCACAUGUUCAACUGAUUUUAUUCAUUAUGCACAAUUUCCAGCAGAUUAUAAAAUACCCCUGAUGUAAAAACAUGAUUUUUAAAUGACACAUCUUGGAUUCCUGUGAUUAUAUACUGAUAUCUGGAUCAAACCUGUGACCAGGAUGAAAGUUAUGAUCUGUCAAAACAUAUUUCUAAACACG